AAAACUAAAAGAAAACGUGAAAAGUAAACUAAGCAAAGGAAAAACAGAAAAAUUAACCUAACCGAAGGAGAACAAAAAAUAAAAAUAAUAAUACAAAAAAAAAAAAAACAACAAAUAACUAAAAUAUGUGCCAUUUUCUGAAGCUUUAAAUUUUGUUUUGUUUUUGUGUGUGUGUUUGUUUUUUUUGUUGUUUUUUGUUGGAACUCAGUAUUAUUUAAUGUCCUCAAAAAUGUCCUGCAUAUCGAGCAACUUUAGCUCAUUUUUCCUCAACUCGCUUAAUGAUGCUUCAGAGUUUUCCAAAUACUUGAGCAAUGGCGAAUUGAAAUGCACAAAUUUCGAAGAAUUUCAAGUGUUUGGCUGCGGUGCGCCGCAGUCGCAGCCAACGUCACAGCAGCAGCAACUACAGUAUUCACACACACACAUGACCAAUGGAGUCUCAGAUGGAGGCGGUGGUGGUGGUGGUGGUGAAACCUGCCUUACAUUGGCAACGGCGACCACAGCACUAUCAACGGCAGGAGGAGUCGGCAAUGCACCGACGUCCAUCAGUUUAGGAGGAUCAGUAGCAGCUACAGCAGCCGGCGUAUCAGCAGCUGCAGCGGCGGGAGCAACACCUACAUCAUCUGCCACAAUAGGAGCAGCAGCAGCAGGCGGAGGAGCAGCGUUAAGCAAUCGUUGGCCAACAGCACUGGCUACACCAAAUGGACAUAUUCAUCAAUCUCAUCACCAGCAGCAUCCUCAUCCUCAUCAUCCUCACCAUCAUCAUCAUCACCAUCAUCACACAACAACAGGAGGAGGAGGAUCGUCUUCGGUGCCCCAACAUUUCGAUGGUUCCUUUGAGUUUAUCAAAUAUCUGCGUCACUCCACGGAUUUUUCUUCCAAUACGUCAUCAUCAUCGAAUGCCACCGAAUCAUCAAAUCAUCAGCAAACAUCGGCUGCAUCAACGGACAAAUCUUCUUCAAUAUCAAAUUCUUCCAAAUUAACAUUAGCUAAUACACCACCACCACCACCACCCCAAUCCCAAUCGCCCGUAUCCAGUUUGGGUCUGAUCGAUCUGGAUAGCAGUACAUCACAGAAAUCACGUUCCGCCUCACGCAAAGUAGCCGCCUUAUUGUCUUCCGUUUCGCGUGCUUCCUCCCAUAGUCUUGUUGUCAUGGAUUCCAGUUCCUCCGCAUUGGAUGUCUUUGAUCAUGAUUCAAAGCAAGCGAUGUUCGAUAUGCAACACAACAUAACCUCAAAUGGUUCAUCCAAUUCCAAUGAAUCGUCACUGGAAUUGCUUGCCUUUCCCAAUUCCCAUUUGAAUGCCUCAAAUUCGAAUACCUCAUCGGAGGGUGGUGCUGGUGAAUUUGUUGGUCUUCUCACUGGCUGCAGUGGCGGCAGCGUUAGCGGCAACGGCGGUGGCAUUGGCGGUGGCAGCAGCGGUGGUGGUGCCUCAUGCUCAUCAUCGACUGGUUCAUCUGCCUCAGCAUCGCAUACACCCAAAUUGCUUGGCAAUUUUGUGAUCAAGGAAAAUUUCGAUGUACAUUCAUCGCAUAAAGUUGAGGAGGGCAUAUUUCAGCAUAUGAAUAAAUUGCCACCAAAGAAAAAGGAUACCUUAAAGCAGAUGGGCGUACGAUUCACUGGCCAAAUGACGCUAACGGAUAAAUCGAUUGUGGUGGAGAAUUUCAUCAAGUUUUGUGAGGAAUAUGAUAUUAAGGAUCAUCGGCCUUGGCUAUCAUUAAAUCAAUGUGGCCUCAAUAAACCGGAACAAAUCAAAUUUGCACGUUAUUUGGGCCAAGGAUUGCCAACAUUUACUCUAUUUUGCAUUUAUAGCAAUUUUAAGAAUUUGUUCUGUACUAAACGUACGGAAAUCUACACCAAGGAUGGCUAUAAUCUGCCUUAUAUACUGGAUAAAACCAAACGCUUUCUGGCCAAUACAACAGCUGAAAAUACCAACAACAACAACAGCAACAAUAGUAGUAACAGCAACAAAACAACCAACAACAAAUCCAACAACAAAGUCAACAUUAAAACCAACAACACUACAACAACAUCCACACCGGUUAAACAAACAGCACAAGAACAACAACAACUACAAAAUCCCGAACAAGGUGAUAUUCCGGAGGCUGCUUCAGCUCCACCACCUCCCACAGCACCUGCCUCACCGGCCGCCGCCUCAUCGUCAUCAUCAUCAUCAUCGUCCGCUGUAUUAGCAGCGACUGGAGCAGGAGGAGGAGGAGGAGGAGGAGCUGUUCGCACAAUAACGCCAAAUUCGAGGCCAGCCACGCCCCUAAUGGCAGGCAAUGCAGCAGGAAAUGGAAUUGCUACUGUAGGUGCUGGAGUUGGACAACAUUUGCCAUCGAGUGUACCUCUAGGACAGCAGCAGCAGCAGCAGCAACAACAACCAGCAGUACCACCACUAACACCACAACAACAGCAACAACAACAGCAGCAACAUCAUCAUCAGCAUCCGCAUCCACAUCCUCAUUUGCCACCACAUCAUCCACAAUCACAUCCGCAGCUACAUACGCCGCAUACGCCAACUCGUAUGCAUCCACAACAACAACAUCUACAUUAUCCACCAGCAACGCCGCCACCACCGCCGCCACAUCUCCAUCAAGGGCAUCCACAUUUUGCUUAUCAACCGCAACACCAUCCACAUUUCUAUCCACAUCAACAUCCACACGCACACGCACAUGCACAUGCCCAUCCUCACCCACAUCCGCAUCCACACCCACAUCCACAUGCGCAUCCUCCGCAUCCAUCACAUCCACAUCAACAGCAGCAUCCCCAUCAGCAACAUCCUCAUCCGCAUAUUCAGCAUAUGGCUGCCAUGGGCUAUAGCCAAGGACCGCCGCCACCACAAAUACCAUCACAACAACAACUACAACAGCAACAACAACAGCAGCAACAGCAACAACAACAAACAGCACCGCCAACAACAUCCCAGCAACAAUCAUCUUCAGCAGCAGCAGCCGCAGCCGGACCACAACAAUCCUCUUCUCCAUCCCCAUCCGUCAUGUGAGAUUGGCUGCGGCGUGGCGCCAAAGGAAGAAAUUGAAAUGAUGUGAUGUGAGAAUGGUGGCGCCACCUGUUGACAGAAAUAUUGUAUCCCAAUUAGAAAACAUUAUUUCCCCCCUCCUCAAAAACAAAAACAACAACAACAAUUUAUUUUCACAAGUAUUUCCUAUCACUUUAUUUAGUUUUCUUUUUUUUUUUUUUUGAUUAUAAAUAUAUAUAUUUUUGUUCAUUUAAUUUUAUGUUUCGUUUGUAGACUAAUUUUUAACCAGCUUUUUGCCAAAUUUUUAUAAAAACAAACAAGAAAAAAAAAGAAAAAAUAACGGUUGUUUGUAAUUUUACCAAAAACUUGAAAACAAAAACUAAAAUAUAAAAAAUUAACCUUUAUUUAAGGCAUGUGGAAAUCAAAUGGAUUCGCAUUUAAAUCUGAAGAAGAUGAUAUUGAAAUUUUGAUAAAUGUGAGAAUAUGAAAGUUUUUCAAGUUUUUGGUGGAUUUGCAAAUACAAUUAUUUUUUUUCUUUUUUUUAUAUAUAUAGAACAAAACCUAUAAAUGUAUUAUGUUUGACCAUAUGAGAUUAUACAUACCUAUACCAUUUAAAUUAAUAUAUACACACUCACACACACACAUACACACACACAAGACCCUGAAUACUAUGCAAUGUUAUUCCUUGAAAAGAGAUUAUUACAAUUAGCAAAAUGAAAUGAAUAAUAACACCACGCUAUAAACGUA